ACUAUCAAUUCGAUAGUUGGAUGUUUAGAUAAUCAACAACCCUACACGUGAAUCAACAGAUGAUAAUAUAUAAACUGACAAACACGCGAAAAACAAAAAUUUAUCAAAAAACGGAACGUAUAAUGCCUAAGAUGGACUCAAAGCUAAGCCCAAGGAAAACGCCAAAGCAAAAUACUAACAACGGAACGGGUAAAAUAGCAGAAACCCAUUCUAAAUCUGUGGUUACGGAUAGACCAAAUAAUUUGUCGGCAAAAGACAUGGCCAAGAUAACGAAAAAGAAGGCUAAAAAACAAGCCCAAAAAUUGAAAAAGCAGCAAAAUAAGUUAAAAAAUAACAUUAAUGUAAAAGGCGUUAUUCCAGAGAAGCCAGAUGUUAUAAAAAAGGAAUACAAACGGGACCCUGCCACAGAUGAAGCCACAGUUUUUGUAGGAAAUUUGCCUAUUAACACUAAGAGAGUACAAUUAGUACGACUAUUUCAACCCUAUGGCGUUGUCCAAUCGAUAAGGCUGAGAACUGCCGGAGGAAAGCAACUUUUUAAACACAAGCAGCGUAAAGAAGCGGGCUCUUUAAACGCAUAUGUUGUGCUCCAAACUCCCCAAAUUGCCGAGAGUGCAUUAGCCUUGAACGGUUUCGAAUUUAAAGACAACCACCUGAGAGUAACACCAGCAAAAAAAGUUAAAAGAGAUGGGUCCGAAGAAGUUAAUGAAGGAGAUUCAAAGAACACCGUUUUUGUUGGAAACCUUAAAUACUCUACCAACGAAAAAAUGUUACACGACAUUUUUUCAAGCUGUGGAGUUAUUGACUAUAUCCGUUGCCUUCGCGACGGCGAAAAGGGCUGCAAGGGCGUGGCAUAUGUCUGUUUUAAAAAUUCAGACUCCGUUGGCCUAGCCUUGGAACUAAAUCAAACCCUUUUAGAUGAUAGGCCUAUUAAUGUAGAACGUUAUUUGAACAAAAAAUUGGGCGCUAAGCAAAAACGCGACGCUGCUUCAUCGACGUCUGUCAAAUCAGAGAACAAACGGCGAAAUUCAGAGGGAGCGAAGAAAAGGUUGGAUAAAAAGCAGAAAAAUAAUAAUAUCAAGCAGGCUAAUGAAGGCCAGCAAAAAAAGUCGAAUUAUCGAGGUGUCAAGGUAGGCUCAGUUACGAAAGCUAAGAGCCCUAGGAAAAAGAAAAAUCAUCGCCUAAACGAUCUGGCAAAAAAAAUAGCUCCAAAAAUAAAGAAUUAAAAUGCUUGUAGCUAUGUUUAAAAAUAAAAUAAUGCCAUUAAAAAGUUUGACUUAAUUAAAUAUCUUCGAACAGAACAUUUUUAACACGUCGGUUUUACAUACGUAGAAGCCUUCUUGUGCUUCAUGCGGCGAGCGGUUCCUUAUUCAAUAAAAGCUGUAAAUGGGAGAAUUUAAUGAGAAUAGACGGUUAUUUUAAAUUGUACAGCCAUUUAAAUUUGGCGUAAUGUUUGAUUCAGGUGCAUUAGUGCUGCCCAGCCCGAAAAACAGUGUUGCAAAGAAUUAGUGAGACCAGUGUGAAAAUAUUAAAAAAAAACAUUUUUUUUUGCCAUAUCAACACUAUUUGUACAUCUUGUUCUAUCUUUCCACGUGCGUCUUCCCGAUCGAAACACGCGUUUUUUGACAGUCGCCAAUUAUAUUUCGGAUAAUAACUUUUCACUAUAAAAGAAAAUAAUAUCAUGGCAUUGAAAAAGAACUCAGUCGUAACCGCAACAGAAACGAACAAUAAAGGAGCAAAUGGCA